AUGACGUUAGAGGUUCAGGUCCCUCUCCAGAAUUUCUGCGGCAUCCUGAUUGCUUGCCCGGGCUUAGAUUUCCUGGAGGUCGGAGCGAGAAUUGGCAUUGUUCCUUGGGCAACGGCCCAGGAUUUGGUGCUUAAGAAAUAUAAAACAGUCCAGGAAUCUCAUACACCCUGUCCAGGGGAGGAGGCUCCGGCUUUCUCGUGGAUCGCACGCCCCACUCGUACGCCCCGCGGCUCGGGACCCCGCAGCCCUGAAGGCCGAGCCGCCAAGGGCGAGCCAGCGCCCGCCUCGCUGGCCCCGACGCCAACGCCAUGCCAAUCUGCUCUCAAGACCUCCACCUGGACGCCGCCAUCUUCCCGCGCGCAAGGCCUGCCGGGACUGGAGCCCAUCACCUUCGCGGGGAAGAUGCACUUUAUGCCUGGGCUGGCACGACCAGUCUUCCCGCCCUGGGACCCCGGCUGGACGCACCCGAAGUUCCGCCGCUUGCCCCCGCUGCAGGAGCAUUCUCUAUACAAGGAUGAGGUCUGCUACGUCUUCCACCAGCGUUGCCGCCUCCUCGAGGGUGUAAAGCAGGCCCUCUGGCUUACCAAGACCAAGUUAAUAGAAGGCCUUCCUGAGAAAGUGCUUAGCCUUGCUGAUAAUCCGAGGAACCACAUAGAGAACCAAGACGAACGCGUUCUGAAUGUGAUCUCUCAUGCUCGUCUCUGGCACUCUACUGAAGACAUCCCCAAGAGAGAGACCUACUGCCCAGUCAUUGUGGACAGCCUGAUCCAGCUGUGCAAAUCGCAGGUUCUCAAGCAUCCUUCUCUGGCCAGGCGGAUCUGUGCCCAAAACAACAUGUUAUCCACCACCUGGAAACGAGAGUCUACUGUGAUUCAGGUCCAUGGUUCCAGUGGAACCCAGCUGAAUGCCAAGGAUCCUCUGCCUCCCAUUGCCUCCCGAGAGGAAGUAGAAGCUACUAAGAAUCAUGUUCUCGAGACUUUCUAUCCCAUAUCUCCCACUAUCAGCCUUCAGGAAUGCCAUAUUUAUGAUGUGAAUGACGACACGGGAUUCCGAGAGGGCUAUCCUUACCCCUAUCCCCACACCUUGUAUUUGCUGGAGUCAGCUAAUUGCCGAGCACACCGCUUUCAGCCAGAUCAGUUGCGGGCCAAGAUGAUCCUGUUUGCCUUCGGCAAUGCGCUGGCUCAGGCCCGGCUCCUGUAUGGGAACGACCCUAAGGUUUUGGAGCAGCCAGUAGUCGUGCAGAGCGUGGGCACCGAUGGGCGUGUCUUCCAGUUCCUGGUGCUGCAACUGAACACCACAGAUUUGGCCUCUGAGGAGGGCAUCAAGAAUCUAGUCUGGGUGGACUCCGAUCAGCUCCUCUAUCAGCACUUUUGGUGUCUCCCAGUGAUCAAAAAGAAGGUGGUUGUGGAACCUGUUGGGCCGACUGGUUUCCAGCCAGAGACAUUCAGGAAGUUUUUAGCUCUGUAUUUGCAUGGUGCUGUGUGAGCCAAGGACUCUUCUGAGGCUGGAGCCGCCUGCGCCCCUCUCUCCCUGCAGAUCCUGGAGCUUGGACGGUGCCUGAGGCCGCAGCGCUCCUUUGGCUGGUGGUCUCGCCGACAAUAAAAGAGCCCUUCCAGCGCACCGGA